AUGUCGCUCAAGAAUAUCACCGUGCAGCCACGCAUCGUCAAGAAGCCCCCCUUUAGUGUCGAAGCUCCAGGCUAUGCACCUGUCGAUGGCGAGACAAUCCCGCGACGACAUCCUGCCGCCGCCCACAAGCUCAUCGAUCGCCCAUCUGAGGACUGCGCGACGGUGUUCGACUUUGUCAAGCGCAGCGCCGCAAAAUAUGGGAACGCGAAGGCCCUGGGCUCCCGGAAGCUCAUCAAAACCCACCAGGAGACCAAGAAGAUCAAGAAAAUGGUGGAUGGCGAGGAGCAGGAAAUCGACAAGAAAUGGACAUACUUCGAGCUCAGCGGAUACAACUAUAUGAGCUUCCACGACUACGAAAAAUUCGUGUUGCAACUCGGAGCCGGAUACAGGAAGCUGGGCCUAGAAAAGGACGAUAGGAUACAUAUCUACGCCGCGACCAGCGCGAACUGGUUGGCCGUAUCACACGGUGCAACUUCCCAGUCGAUGCCCAUCGUCACCGCAUACGACACGCUGGGCGAGGAGGGUCUCAGACACUCCAUGGUGGCAACAAAGGCUAAACUUAUCUUCCUGGAUCCUCAUCUCCUACCUACACUGAUCAAUCCGCUAAGUGAGGCAAAAGAUAUCAAGUAUGUUAUCUGGAAUAGCGAGCAUGAUGUCAAUCCAGACAACAUCGAGAAGCUCAAGAAAGCACAUGAACACCUCACAAUCAUGAGCUUGGAGGAGCUCAGGAAGCUCGGCGAAACCAAUCCAGUCGACCCAGUGCCACCCACCCCGGAGGACCUUUGCUGCAUCAUGUAUACUUCUGGUUCUACUGGCCCUCCCAAGGGUGUGCCACUCAGGCAUAAAGCCGUCGUGGCAGCAGUUGCGGGUGUUAGUGUCAUUGUCGAACCGUAUCUUGGCCCGGGCGAUAGCCUGUUGACAUAUCUGCCACUUGCACAUAUUUUCGAAUUCGUCUUCGAGAAUGCCGUCUUGUAUUGGGGAGGUACCAUGGGUUACGGCAACCCAAAGACUCUAUCAGACUCAUCCGUCAGAAAUUGCAAGGGCGAUAUCAGGGAGUUCAGGCCAACAGUCCUCAUCGGUGUUCCCGCGGUGUGGGAGACCGUCAAAAAGGGCAUUGUUGCUAAGGUCAAUGCUGGUAGCCCCAUCGUCAAGAGCCUAUUCUGGUCAGCCCUUUGGGCAAAGACCAAUAUGAUGCAUUACGGCAUACCGGGGGCUGGCAUCCUGGAUGCGAUUGUGUUCAAAAAGGUCAAGGAUGCAACUGGCGGACGAUUAAGAAUCUGUUUGAAUGGUGGUGGACCCAUCUCGAAGGAUACCCAGCGGUUCAUUUCCAUGGCUAUCACUCCUAUGAUCAAUGGAUAUGGAUUGACCGAGACCACCGCAAUGGGUGCUCUCAUGGACCCGAUGGCAUGGACUGAUUCGGCCCUGGGAACUGUUCCAGGCUCCGUCGAGAUCAAGCUGGUCGACUUCCCCGAUGCGGGGUAUUACGCCACAAACAAGCCCUACGCUCAAGGAGAAGUUUGGAUCCGUGGCUCAACAGUCCUGGAGAAGUACUACGAUAAUGAAGAAGAGACCAAAGCAUCAAUCUCCCCAGAUGGGUGGUUUAUGACUGGUGACAUUGGAGAGUUUGAUCACAAUGGACAUCUACAGGUCAUCGAUCGUAAGAAGAAUUUGGUCAAGACGCUGAACGGCGAGUACAUCGCUAUUGAGAAGCUUGAGUCAAUCUAUCGAUCUGCGACAGUCGUUGCCAAUAUCUGCGUCUAUGCAGAUGCACAAAAGACAAAACCGGUGGCAAUCAUUGUUCCUGCCGAGCCAGCUUUGAAGAAACUGGCAGAGCGGCUCGGCGUCAAGGGCGAAGGAAUCGAGGACUUAGCGCACGACCGGAAGAUUCAGGCUGCGGUUUUAAAGGAGCUGCAGGCAGCGGGUAAGCAAGGUGGAUUGUCGGGUAUCGAAAUUGUGGAGGGCGCAGUUUUGGCGGAUGAAGAAUGGACACCUCAGAAUGGCUUUGUAACAUCAGCGCAGAAGCUAAACCGAAAGGCUAUUCUGAAGAAGUACCAGAAGGAGAUUGAUGCUGCGUAUGCCAGAAAUUCUUAG